GCGAGGGAAGGGCGUUGUGUAAUAUAGAGCAAAAGAAAACACGAUGCACUAAAUAAAAGGGAGCAAAAAUAAAGAGCAAGAAAUGACAUUUAUGAUAGUGUUGUUCCGCAGCAGCCUGGCUCUUGCUCUGACGUCACCGCAUAACUUUUAAGAAGACGCAGUUUCUUAACUAGGAAGUGAGCGGACACCCUUUGCAGGCAAAGUUCUGGAUUGUGAAACUUCAGGCGAUUUGCAGGGAUCGCUGGCGCCUGCGAUUGUGUUGACAAGUUCCUCUCUGAGUCUUUGCAAGUGACUAGUGACAGUGAAAGUUACCCCUGUGGAACUUAGUUUCGUAUGGUGGAGCUCUGACAGACAUUCAUGAUUCACUGCUGGCUUUUGGAUGCCGUAUUUUUAAUUGGAGACAUUGAGCUUGCAAGGAACAACAAUCUCAAAACUGAAAGAGGUGAGGAGUGAAUCUUAAAAAAAAACAAAAUAUACUCUUACCCACAAUUACUGCCAUAAAUGCCACUCUAAGCAUGAGUGCCCAGGCCCCGGGCAAAAGCUCAGCUAAGCGGAGAGGCAAGCAGAUUUCAUUUUUCACUGAGAAUACCAGAGCAACUCAACCAAGCCCAAAUCGGCAAAGAAGGAACGGAAUGUUGCAUGGGGAAGUGAGGGUCUCGGAGGGUAUGGUCGAGCCACAACAACCCCCCAAACCCACAGCCCCCAUUACCGGUGUGCACUGCCAUCCAGUGGCUGCUGUGAAUGUGGAAAUGGACCAGGAGAAUGUGACCAAAGAUGGCACCGUGCCACCAAACUGGACAGCCUCCGUUCUGGUCGAUCACUUGCCUGCCAAGGGUGGGCUGAACUGGCAGCCAGCUGGCCAUGCUGUGUCAUGGAGUCAAAGUGCAGUCCCUUUCUGUCCCAGUAGUGGAGCUUCAAGCAGUGCUCCAGGACCCUUUCUAAACACUCUUGCUAAACAAGGGAGCUCAACCCACUUGUUGCACGAAUCUCUCCAAAGUCAGCAGGAGAACAAGGGCACUGGAUCCCAGCUGGGCUUAUUUGCGGAUGCAAUAAAACAGAUGGACGAGAAAGCCCACUUAGCAAAGAGGCUGGCCAAGCAACCAAUUCACUUAUUAACUGAGCUACCAAAACCACAACUGCAUCAAAUCCAUCAGAACCUAUUUCAGCAUCAUCACCAACACCUGUCCCAGCAGACCCAACUGCAGCAGCAGUCCCAGCAGACCCAGUUGCAGCAGCAGUCCCAGCAGAACCAGUUGCAGCAGCAGUCCCAGCAGAACCAGUUGCAGCAGCAGUCCCAGCAGACCCAACUGCAGCAGCAGUCCCAGCAGAACCAGUUGCAGCACCAGAAUCAGCUACUACAUGAAUCUCAGCAGAACAAUCAACUGCAGCAUCAACACCAAACAACCAAAGCACAUGUCCAGAUGCAGCUGCCAUCCCAGCAGACUCAGCUCCAGCAUCAGCACCAACAACAGAUCAGACUGCAGCAUCAGCACCAGCAGAACCAACGGCAAUACAAGCAGACCCAACCCCAAAACCAGCAGACUCAACUGUUGCAUCACCAGGAGUUCCAGCAGCCACAGACAAGUAAUGAAACUUUGAUUCAUCAUCAAUUCUUCCAGUUUCCAUAUGGACAGUGUCAGAAGCCGGACUUGCCGCCAAACUCAGUAUUAAAUAUAUUCCAUCAAUCUCGCCAGCCGUCACUUCUUUCUGUUUAUAGCCGUCCAUCACAAGCUGCAUGUCAGCAGCACCUGUUCCAGCAGUUCUUCCCUCACCAACAGCCACCCCAGUCUCUCGGUCUCCACAGAAUUCAGACAAACCAGGGUCCAGAUCCACCCACACAUCUGAUGGUUUCAGCACCAUCUCAGUUGCAACAGCCUUCCGAUGCGCAGAUCAUCAAAGGAAUGCAGAGGUCCACAGGUGGCCAUAAGCAAGAACACCCGCUACGCAAAAUGGAGACUGAGUUUCAAACACCCUUAGCAAAGCAGACCCGAUGUGCCCUCAAGGAAAGAAAAGUGAAACCCUGCCUUUUUGAGCUGCACAGACUGGGAAAUGAAUGUAGCCCUAGAGAAAGCACCAACCAGCGUUGGCCACAAGCAUAUGGGCCAGAGCUCCAAAAAUUGCUGAACAUGCCAUCAAAUCGUGGUGCACAGAACCAACACAAACUGUUUGGGGUGGAUUUAGUUCAACCCAAGAACAUUCAAGCACACACUCAGACAAAUGAGGACAUCCGGAGGGAGAGAGGACAUGAGAAAAUCCAAGUGAAUCAAAGCAGUCAAAAGUCUGCUCAGGAGACUUCUUCAGAGGUUCAAGAGACAACAGAGAGUGUUAUACAAACUGCAAGAAAGGGAGGAGGAACUUCUAAUGAAGCAAAUGGUCUCCAACCACAACAAGUCUUGUCUGAUCAGAACUCCUCCACUGAGACUCAGGAGAAUGAUCCCCAGGAGGAGAGGAAGGGGAUGUCAGAGCACUUGAAGGAUACGGGCACUCUGGCAGAAGGUGCUCCAGCUGUAGGCCGGCUGGAUGACAGCUGCCUGAUACCACUGGUCAUACCCGUGUCGGUGCCCGUCAGAAACAUCAACCAAAAAGGAGGAGAAGAAUCUCAAACGAACCCGUCAACUGAAGGUGACCUGUCCGAGCUGAAUUCCUCUCCACUGACCACCCGCAAGCGCAGAUUGAGUCGAGGUUCUGGGCCCUCCAUGCAGGAGGUCGAACUCUCCAGAGGUCAGAUGAACCUUACAGCCAAACUAAAACGGCGGCCCAGGCCGGAGCCUCUCUUCAUUCCACCCAAGCCGCACAACCACGUCUCAGUCAUUGCCUACCCACCUGGUACCCUCUAUCAGAGCAACCUUCGCUCGCCGGUCAGACUGCCUGAGCACCCUGUGGACAGGAACUUCCAGCCUCCGCCCUACACCCCUCCUCCUAUUCUCAGCCCCAUGCGCGAGGGCUCAGGACUUUACUUCAAUGCCAUCUUGUCAGCGUCAACCAACUCAUCCCAACCUGUCACCCCAAGGACUACACCCAAAUUCUGCCUAAGCCGAUCAAACAGUGCAGAUACCCCUCCUCCAGUCCUGCCUCUCAUGAAUGAAGCCACACCUGCAAGCAUUGAACCGCGGAUCAACAUUGGCCCCCAGUUCCAAGCAGAAAUACCCGAACUACGUGAUAAGUCCCUGGCUCUGUUGGAUGCCAACCACGCUGAUCUGGUAUUCAAGCCCUGGGAGAGUCGUAAAAACCAUCAGCUUGACCAACAAAGAAUGGAAGACCUGAUGACUGUGGCCUGUUCCAGUAUUUUGCCAGGUGGAGGUACAAACCAGGAGCUCACCCUGCACUGUCUGCAUGAGGCCAAGGGCAACAUAUUGGCAGCCCUGAACAUGCUGCUUUUAAGGAAAAGUCCACGAGGAAGGAGCAGGGCACUGAUCAACUACCACUAUGCAGGUUCAGAUAAAUGGACUUCUCGAGAGAAGGCGAUGUUUAACAAAGGGCUGACAGCACACAAGAAGGAUUUCUUCCUUGUUCAGAAACUGGUGAAAACAAAGACCGUAGCCCAGUGUGUGGAGUUUUACUAUACAUACAAAAAGCAGGUGAAAAUUGGCAAGAAUGGAACACUGAUAUUUGGUGACGUGUCCACCACAGACAGUAAAACCGUGGAUGAGUCGAGCACAAUCGACAGAAAGGUUUCACUCCGACGAAAAGCCCGAAUUCCUCUUGCAGAAGAUUUUAAGAAUGAAUUAUCGGAGGAGGAGAAAGAGGAUGAGUUGGAAGAGGAGGAAGAGGAUGAGGAAGAAGAGGAAGUAGAGGAAGAUAAAGAAGAAUACAAACCUGAUCACAAGAAGGUGAUCUUGACUCAGGCCCAGAAUGUUCACUUGCGGAAGAAUCACAACCCCACCUACCGUUGCAACUACAGACAGCGCCAACCUGCAGCUGCUCCCCGUGCUUCGUCCAGGAAUGAGCGUGUGCAGUUGGGUGACUCAACCAAGCCUGGAAAGCAGACUCAAGAAAAUGUCUUCCCUUGCAAAAAAUGUGGGAAGGUGUUCUACAAAGUAAAGAGUCGGAGUGCACACAUGAAGAGUCACAGUGUCCAGGAGAAGAAACAGAGGGAGGUGGAAUUAAAACGACAAGCUCCAGCAGCGGACGAGCAGGCAAAGGACGACGAGGAAUGCGAUGAUUAUUCCCUUUAUUGCCAGGAUGGAUAGUUAUGCAAUGGUGAUGAAGUAAACUGGUUCGCUCCGACUUACGAGCAGCUGUGGAACUUGAGACGUGACCUGUAGUUUCAUCUGGAUGUCGGAACUGGAUACAACUCUGGGUAGUUCCAGCUCUGUUUGUUUAUUCUUGCCCUGGGCCCAACCUCAUGUAUAGUCGAGUGUGGAGGCCGAAGGCCAAUUGCUCAGGUGUUUAGCUGAAGCCACAAUGACCGAGAGGCCUUUUUGUUGCACAUUGUAAAAUAUCACACAAUUCUUGUUCUGCCUGACUGACAGAACAACACCUCACCUUUAUUUUGCAGUCACACAAAUUUCUUGCAAAGAUUCAAAGUUGCUUGGAUGCUGUGAAAGUGUUGCACAUCAGUUAAGGCUGGAUUGCUAAAUCUUACUUAUCUCAAAGAAUGGGUUUUAAAAUGUUCAGUAGAAAAGAAUUUCAAUAGUCUGGGUUUACAUUGCACCAAACAGAUGCAGUUGCAUGUUUGCACUGCAUGUUAAAAUUACAGCACAAACUUUGGGCUCAUUUAUAAUGGUUCAUUUCUGCAGCUAGACUAACUAGGAUUGAGCUUUCAUUUAAAUUACAUUUUGAAUCCUAGAUCUAAGUUGUGAAAAUUGACUUGUAACCCUGUAAAAUAAUAAUCAAUUUCACUCUUACAUGAUGCACAUUGGGACUGUCCCUUACUGUUAUUAUACUUUGUCUCCAACACUUGAAUCAUUUAGCUUCCAUUAUACCUGGACACAGCACAAAUCAGUACUGCCCCCUACAUUAGGAUUACUGGUGUACCGGGUGUGAGACGCACCUUGUACUGUCCCCUACAUUAAGAUUACUGGUGCACCGGGGGUGAGAGAGACAUAUUGCACAUUAACAAAUGCUUGCUAACUUAGGAAGUUGUAAUAUUGUCUAUUUCCUUGCCUCCUCGCUGAAACACUCAUGUCACUAUUUUCCCUACCGUAACACAUCUUAUAGUUGGCAAAGCAAAUAUUGUAGAUUUAGUUUCCCCUUCUAAACUUUCCAGUCCAGUUUUUCCUCAUCAUACUUGUUCUGCAACCCUUCCUCUAAUAUUAUUAAAUUGAGUCAAUGCAGUGGUUUACAGCAUAGAGGGAAGCUACAUGCCCGUCAUGCCUGUGCUUGUUGCCGUUGAUACAAGAAGAAUACUUUCAGAUUACCCAUUCCUAGCACAGUCCUUUUCAAAAGAAAAAAAAAUGCUUGGUAUGUUGCCUGCCUCACUAAAUCUGUAGCUGCAGAUCUGUACUUGGACUUGGCUUCAUGUUCUGUGAAAUCAGUACUUGUUUUAAAAUCAGCUCAAGUGAUAUUUAUUUGAAGAGGCAGAAAAAAAUAUCAGGUUAUUAACAGAGUGAAACAAAUCACCAUCAUUAAUACUCUGUUGCAUUUUCCUUCCACAGCGCAAUGAAUGGGGUAAGCUUGUGGGCCCUAAAUAUGGUCCGGUCAGAACCUGGCCAGUCUUUGCAGCACUUUACUGUGGCAGGAUUGCCAUCUCCAGUUGAGUAUAUUUGUUCUUAGAGGGAUCAUCAUAGUAUAUUUUUACCUUUUUGGGAAAGGCUAACUACACCUACGUCCAAAAAAGAAUACGUAACAUUUCAGAAGCCUUGUGAUUUUUCUCCGAAGUUGCUUUAUGAAGAGGCAGGAGCAAAGUGAUUUCAGUUGCUUGCCAAUUGUGUCACUUUGUUAAUUUAACCCACUUGUACCUAUUGUGUCAACUGCGUCACUGGUACAAUGUACAGUCUAUGUGUGUACCAGCUUUCUCUUUGCAUCUGUCCCGAGAUCAAAAUGCAAUUUUUGAAGUCUUCGGGGCAGUCAGAGAGUUGGGAAGUUAUGUUUUAUUCGCUGUCGCAAUGACGCAAAAGCAUCUAAAACGAAAAUAUAAUGCUGGAAGUAUUCAGCAGGUCAUGCAGUAUCUCUGAGGAGAGAAACAGUUACCUUUUAAAAUAGAUAUUUUUUUUAAAAGAACAGAAACAUUAACUCUGCUUCUCUUUUCACAAAUGCUGCCUAACCUGCUGAGGAAAAACAUAUUUAAUGUAUGGGGGAAAUAAUUUGAAUAGGAUUAUUUUUUUAGAUUCUGGGGUAUUAAACUAGGCAACCCUGAACUUUUUAAUAUAUAUCUUAAAUGUGAUAUUGCAGCUUUUUGCUCGUUAUGCCAUUGUAUAUACAGCACAAGAGUAAUUAUAUAAACCAGCUUAAGCUAUGCUGUCAAAACUGAAUUCAGCAGCCUAUUUUAACAUGAGCCUUGUAAAUACAUUAAAAAUAAGUAUUAUUUAUUCUUACUCAGCUAUUUGGUUUCUGUAUAAAAACUUUAUAAGAUUUGUAAAGUCAUUGAUUUUAGCAAGGCUGGCCUGAACAAUAUAUUCUGUGAAUGGGUUUGUAAAUAUUUUUACUUUUCAGCAACCUUUUUUUGCUCCUUCCCCUUUUUAAACUUAAGCCAAGAACUAGUGUGUUAAGUUCUUUUAUUACCUGCUUAAAAGCAUCAGGCCCUUGAAAUGCAUCUUUUUGUAUCUAUGGCAAUGUUAUGUUUUACAAACAAAAUGUAAACACACCAUUAUUAAAUGUCCUGAAGAAGGAUCUUGG